CGGAGACAGAAUGGUGAGGGUGAGGGCCGCAGGCUGAGCCUGAACAGGCUGCAGCAUUGGACGCUGAGGGGUGACCUUAUGGAGGCUUAUAAACCCCUGCCCCUUUCAUUACUUAAGACGGCACAGAAUCAUCCAAUGCUUGUGGAGCUGAAGAAUGGAGAAACGUACAAUGGUCAUCUGGUCAGCUGUGACAACUGGAUGAAUAUCAACCUGCGGGAGGUCAUUUGUACAUCCAGGGAUGGGGAUAAGUUCUGGAAGAUGCCGGAAUGUUAUAUCCGUGGCAGCACCAUCAAGUACCUCCGCAUCCCGGAUGAAAUCAUCGACAUGGUGAAGGAGGAGGUGCUGUCGAAGGGCCGAGGCCGUGGCAUCCAGCAACAGAAGCAGCAACAGCAACAGAAAGGCCGUGGUGCAGGUGGCGCAGCUGGCAGAGGUGUUUUUGGUGGACGCGGACGUGGAGUGGCCGGAGUCAACAGAGGACAAGAGAAGAAGCCAGGAAAGUUAUCGGGAAUGAAGAAACCAUGAAAGAAGUAGUGUGUUUGUUUAUGCGUGUGUGUGUGUGUCAGAUUCUGACUGUUUGUUUUCUGUACAGGUUGUGUAAAUGAGUCACAUUCACAUUGGGUUUAAUUAGCUGUUUUGUAAAAUAUAAAUAGAUAUUGUCAAAGAAAAAUUAAAAAAAUCAUUUGAGUCUC